GGGGGGACCGUCGGCGUGUGGGAGUAUUGCUUCGGAGUCCUCGGCCACUCGCUGGGGGUGGAUGAGAAUUGAAGAGGGAUCCGGCGGAAACUGAGCCUCCGAGGCCCGGGAUCCCAGCUGAUCCCGGGGGAAUCUCAGGGCGGAAUCUGCAGGGACAAAGGCCCCAGGAGGCUCGGGCCGUGGGAGAACGGGGGCCGCAGCAAUCCAGGUUUUCGCGGCCCAGGCAGGGCGCGAGUGAUCCGCGGGUCGCUGCGGCGGCAGCGGGAAGACACCCGUUCCCGGCAGCCAGGCGGGGGCGCCCUUACGCGCCCCAGGGCUCCGGCCCGUGGGCUACCGGGAGCCGCGGGCGGACCAUGAAGGGCGGAGCCCCACGGGAGGGGCUGGCCUUCACUCCCGGCUCCCCCGCUCCCCCCCCCACCCCAGGCUGGAGCCUGGGAUCCCCCAGGGACUCCCCGGAGCCGCCGCUUCCCCCAUGGACUUGCCCGGGGACUCCAGCCCGCCUGGCCGGCAGGGUCUGUGCCGCCAGCCCCUGGCUCGAGCGUUAUGGGGAGCCAGGAGCCCCAAACGGCCGAAGCUGCAGCCCCUCGGGGCCCCUUCGCCCUUGGAAAAAGCCUCUCGGCGAGUCCUGGCCGUGGUCCUGGAAGAUGUCAUGGCUGCCCACAUGGUCCCCCUGGUGCCCCAAGAGGAGAUCUCCACCCCACGGCACCGCAGCAACCGUCGGGAUUCUGUCCGCAGCCAUCCAUCUGCCUCGCCACCCCGACAGGCCACGUGGUCCCCACAAGCCAGGCCUCCCGACCCACUGCACUUAUGCCGAGAGCCCUUGAGCCGUGUGCAUCGGCCCCCUUCCACACUGAGGUGGCGAUCAAGGACAACACCUGGCCCAGAGGAGGGCCCUUCACAAAAGGUGGACCAGGCCCCCCAGCCCACUCUGGUGGUGAUGCUAGAGGACAUUGCCAGCUCCAGACCCCCAGCGGAGGGCUUUGCCGAUGAGACUCCCAACUUCAGCAUCCCAGCGAGAAGAGCUGAGCCAAGGAUGAUGGUUCACCAGCCAAAGCCUCCACCCAGGGAUGUGGAACCCCCAUUCCAGCCAUCUGCCCUGUCUGCAAACCCUCUGGAGAGCCCACCACCAGCCCCAGAUCCUGUUCUGGAGCUCCCAUCGACCCCACCGCCAUCCAGCCUUUUACGCCCCCGCCUCAGUCCCUGGGGCUUGGCCCCCCUCUUCCAUUCCGUCCGCUCCAAGCUGGAGAGCUUUGCUGACAUCUUCCUCACACCCAACAAAGCCCCACGGCCCCCGCCCCCAUCACCCCCCAUGAAGUUGGAGUUGAAGAUUGCCAUCUCAGAGGCCGAGCAGUCCGGGGCUGCUGAGGGCACUGCCUCUGUCAGUCCCCGGCCCCCUAUCCGCCAAUGGCGGGCCCAAGACCAGAAUCCCCCAGCACCUCUCCCUAAGCCCUCUCUGGGCCGAAGCCAAUCCUGCCCUGAUCUGGGGCCCCCUGGCCCAGAUACCUGCAGCUGGCCCCCUGCUCCACCCCACCCAAGCCGGCCACGGCCUCGGCGGCACACUGUGGGUGGUGGAGAGAUGGCCCGAGCCCCGCCACCCCCUCGGCCCUGUCUCCGGAAAGAGGUCUUCCCUCUUGGAGGAGUGGGAGGCUCUCCUCCCCUCGUCACAUCUUGCUCGUCUACCACGUCCACUUCUUCCUUCUCUGAACCUGCAGAACCCAGGUUGAGCUCAACCAAGAGGAAGGAGCCAAGGGCCUCAGAAGACCAGGUGUUUUCAGACCCCAAGACCAAGACCAUGGGAAAGGUUUCUCGGUUCAGAAUACGCAGGACGCCGGCCCGUUCUCAACCAAACCUUACACCAAUGGGGCUGCCUCGACCAAUCAGGUUGAACAAGAAGGAGUUCAGCUUGGAAGAAAUUUACACCAACAAGAAUUACCAGUCACCCACAACCAGGAGGACCUUUGAGACCAUCUUUGAGGAACCCCGGGAGCGCAACGGGACUCUGAUUUUCACCAGCUCAAGGAAGCUCCGGCGAACUGUAGAAUUUCGGGACAGUAGUCUUCCUCGAUCCCGGCGGCCAUCUCGCGGGGCCCGGGUUGCAGCUGGCAGGACCCUUACUCCCAAUCUGGCCCCCAGCCCAGAUGUAGGACCCCUGCUGCAGCAGCGACUGCAGGAGCUGGAUGCCUUGCUCCUGGAGGAGGAGGAAGGGGAUCGAGAGCGGCCCCAUCGGACUUAGAAGCUCCAUCUGUUUGUCCACCCAUCCUGGAGGGAGGGGAAGUCUCUGAGACAGUUAUAUUUUUUUCUCUGUGUUUCUAGUAAAGUUUUCGAUAUGUUUCUGAU